CCUCCGCCUCCGCUACCUCGUCUCACCUCUCGUCUUCCCCUACGAAAAUGAGUCACCAACCUCCAGUUUCGUGUAUUCCAAACACAGGCAAAAUGUCGAAGGCAAAGAAAGUGAUUGAGGAAGCUAAAGAGAUCAACAAUCCUGAGAUAGAUUUAGUGGAUAAAGGGAUCACGAGCCUCGACGAAGUUCCUGGACUAUAUCAACUUACUAAUAUUACACGGUUGACGUUGAGCCAUAACAAGAUAUCGACAGUUCCCGCUGGAUUGGCCAACUUGAUAAACCUGGAGAUUCUGAACUUUGCCAAUAAUCACAUAGAAGAGCUUCCAGUCAGUCUGUCUUCUUUGCCCAAGUUGCGGAUUCUGAAUGUGUCUCUGAACAGACUCAACUCGUUGCCGAGAGGUUUUGGAGCAUUCCCUGUUCUUGAGAUUUUGGAUCUUACAUACAACAAUUUGAAUGAGAAAGUCCUGCCUGGCAACUUUUUUAUGAUAGAGAGUCUCCGCGCUUUGUAUUUGGGUGACAAUGACUUUGAAAUCUUGCCUGCUGAAGUUGGAAACUUGAAAAAUUUGCAAAUUUUAUCCAUGAGGGAGAAUGACCUGAUCGAGGUGCCCCGUGAGCUUGGGGAGCUGACGCGCCUCCGCGAGCUGCAUCUGCAGGGGAACCGGCUGUUGGUGCUGCCCCCUGAAAUAGGAUCCCUUGACUUGGCCAGUAAUAAAUCAGUGUUGCGGCUCGAAGGCAACUUCUGGGUGACUCCGAUUGAGGAUCAACUGAAGCUGGGACCAUCUCAUGUGCUGGACUAUCUGCGCUCUGAGACUUACAAAGUGUUGUACAGCCGCCACCUGGCCGCCAAGCCGCCGCCGCCGCCGCAGACGCUCGACAAAAGCAAGAAAGCCAGCCGCGCCAGAUCUUAAACCUUCUACUAAAGCAACGUUUACAUGAUAAAAGUGACUGUUCUUAUGAUAAUGUAUGUCUCGUAAUGUGUGAACAUGUAAUUCAAGCGCUUUCGAACAACGACAACUCAUCAGCAGAUUGAUAUAUUUUUUAAUUUCAUAUAGCGGGCUAGGAUCGAGUAUAGGUACUGCUAUCGUGUAAACCCAGCUUUAUUUAUAAACUGAUGUGCCAUAAAUAACUGACGAAUGUGUGCAUGUGCGUUUAUGUAGUAUGCUUUAUCUCUAAGUUUAACCUAAAUGUAAUCGAUAAUAUUUUAACAGAAGAUUUUAUGGGACAGAUGACAUGAACACCUCAAUUUCUGUAAUUGAUCAAAUCUAGCACUGAGCAAACAGUAUGCCAACGGAAUUUACUAUGCAACAACUAAUAUAGAUUUCAUGUUUAUAAUCAGUAUUUAUAUUUACUGUCAAAUGGAUAUGAAUGUGUAAUAUGACGACAUAGGUAAUGUUUCCUAUAGUUACAUUCUUCCUAGUAUAUACCUAAGUCUAUGGUUACAUUUUUAUUUGACUAUGACAGCAGAUUCGGGAAAUAUGUAGAUAUAUCUUUUGUGUGCAAUAAGUUAAAAUCAGUAAUUCAAUUAACAAAAGUUUAUUCACACAAAUUAAAAAUAAAUACAAUCAUGAAUUACUAACUAAUAAAGUCAAUGUUAAUUUAAUGAGGAACGUAUUGGCACAAAAUGCAGUAUUUCGAAUGAAAUUACAAAAAGUAUAAUUAUAUUAUUAACAUGAAUACUUAUCACUUAUUAAUGUAGAUAAUAAGAAUAUAUUAGUAUUAAUAAUAAGAUUAAUAAGUGCACUUACAAAUGUUAGAAUUUUAUUCAAUGGUGCUACCCAAAUGUAAUGUAAAAUGACUAAAUCAUGAUGACAUGACACAAAAAUUAAUAUUUUUAUUAAUUUAUUAAACUAAUUAAACAAACUAUUAUACUAAACUA